ACAAUGAUGUGUUGUACAUCGCCCUAAUCUUUCACACGAAUCAGUUGGUAGGUAGUCCUUGCGUCCCGAGAAAUACUAUUUCGGGUGAGAAAUUUGGAUUAAGUUUUUAUGCCAUUAGUUUAGUGCUAAGUGAAUGGAAUGGAUUGUUACGACGAAGACUUUUGCGGAAUCCCAUCCGUCGUUGUAGUAGUAAUGUGUGCACACAUAAAGCUAUCUCAGUCAUUCAAGUCGUAAGCGGAGCAUAAAUUCAGGAAGAAGAAUGAGUGGUAGCAUACAACAGCAACUAAUCAUACACAAAAAUAAAUACACAGUGAGCAGUGUUGGCAGUAGAUAAUCGUUCAAACUUCCAUGUUCUAUUCAAAUUACGCUCACUCUGUAUCGCUAAAUAGUAAUUGUUUUUAUUGUCACAUACAAGGCAUUCAUAUGGAAUUGCAUCAGUGGAAUUUAUGUUCGUUUUCGUCUCAAUAGUUUAAUAAUGAAAUUCCACUUUGGAUAGCAACGAGGCAGACACAUGCUGAAGUCGAACUAGCCCCCUACUAUCAACGGCCGCUGCCGCAGUGAAUCUAUGCUAAUGACGAGUGAUCAUGAAAACUGCAAUGAUGUAGAACGUGAGUCCGCAAAAUGUGCAUAUCCAAAGUGCAACCACAGCUUCGAUAGUGGCAACAGCAAGUGGUAUCGAUGCACCCGGGCCGUGUUUGUGUGAAUUCAGAAAAAUUAUACGCGAGCCAGCAGCGAAAGGCAGAACCAGUUUUUCUCCGCUGCAUUAUCAAUUUUCUUCUCGCGCUCGCCCGUGUGUAGCAGAAAUUCAUAUACACAACAAAGUUCUCUCCAAACACACGUCCUCGGUGUGUUUGUUCCGCGUAUGUAUUUUAUCCGAAUAGUUCGGAGUGUAUGUGUGGCAGUGUACGUGUCUGUUCGGUAUCGUAACGCGUAACAUCUUUCGGAGUGGUUUCUAAGUAAUUGCGAGAAACUAACGAUAAAUGACUGAUCGAAAAUUGCCAAUUAGUCUGUCGGACCACAGCGAGUUCGGAAUCAAUCACGGAUCUGGCACUAUCAUCGGCGGUGGCAUUGGAAGCGGUAGUAGCAUUGGCCUGGCAGUAGGAGUAGGCUCAAUUGGACUGCCGGGUGGUGCAGUGGGGGUUGGCGGCCUCGGCGGGUCUUCGGUGGCGUCAGUGACCGGAGGAGGCAGCAGCGGGAAUGUCAGCAACAAGCAUGCCAUCGCACGUCUGAAGCACACCAAUUCCCUUACUGCCGGCAUUCCACCGGAGCUGUACGACAAAGGGAACCGGCUGUCGCAUUCCAGCGACACCAGCCAGACGGAUACGAUGACGUCCGUUACGAGCUCAUCGCUUGAUUCGGACGAGGUUGAUCUGUCCGGUCUGGUGGAGUCAGUGGUCGAUUCCGAUGAGGAUGAUAUUGCCGAAAGUAUAGACAGCAUGAGCGUUCGAGAUACCGUACGAGAGUGUUUGGAGAAAGAUCCGAGUGAUCGUACGGUGGAUGAUAUUGAGAUACUAUUGGAGUUCACUCAAAAACUGAAGGCAUUCACAAACAUGACGUUUGCGGUGAGGCGGGCACUCUGUUCGGUGAUGGUGUUCGCUGUUGUUGAAAAAGCCGGGACGAUUGUCAUGAAUGAUGGUGAGGAGUUGGACUCGUGGAGUGUGUUGAUUAAUGGGCAUGUGGAUAUUGAGCAUGCCAACGGAGAAAUAGAAUAUCUGCAUAUAGGAGAUAGUUUUGGAAUCAUGCCCACAAUGGAUAAGCUCUAUCAUCGGGGGAUUAUGCGUACCAAGUGCGAUGACUGUCAGUUUGUGUGUAUAACGCAAACGGAUUACUAUCGGAUACAACAUCAAGGAGAGGAUAAUAUCAGAAAAAUUGAAGAUGAUGGUCAAGUAGUGAUGGUAACGGAGUUAAGAAAUAGCACUGGAGAAAAUGGAUCCAGGAAAGGAUAUGUUGUCAUCCGGGGUACAGUGGAAAGGUUAACACAACAGCUAGUAGAAGAUACAACUCAAACGGAUCCCAAUUAUGUGGAAGAUUUUCUUCUGACGUUCCGGACGUUCAUCAACGAUCCGAUCGACGUAUCCAAGCAGUUAUUAAAGUGGUUCAACGUAGAUGGUUUGGACGAUGGCAGUGAGCUGGUAGACGCAAUACAUCAGGCUUCGGCGAAUGAUAUUUGCGAUCGUGUAACAAGAGUAGUACUGCUGUGGGUUAAUAAUCAUUUUACUGAUUUCGAUACCGAUCCACAAAUGAUGGAAUUUCUGGAGAUUUUCGAGUCUGCUCUAGAGAAGAAAAAUAUGUUGGAACAGUUGAGGCUACUGCAUGUUUACGCCCAGCACAACGCUAGAGAAAGAAACGUUACCUUAGCUAGAAGCUCGCGAGACGAGGAUUUAAAUUUUCAAAUUUCGGGAGGAAUUGGUGGAAUUUUUGUCACCAGGGUCGAGCCAAAGACGAAAGCCUACGAUGUGGGUCUGAAAAGAGGAGAUCAAAUACUGGAAGUUAAUGGGCAGAACUUUGAACACAUCACUUGUGCGCGAGCAUUGGAGCUUCUAAUGGGAACCACUCAUCUGAGCAUAACGGUUAAGAGUAAUCUUUGGGCGUUCAAAGGGAUGCUUUCGAGCGCCGACGGAGAUUCCAGUAAGCUGAAGAUAGACCUAAAGAAAGGCUUACGGGCGGAUUUACUACAAUCGCAAAAAUCGUUAGAUUUAGUUGAUAAAGCAGGUUUGCUGCAUACACCCCAGUUCCUUAUGCCACUACCGGUGCGAGAUGACUAUGGAAGGAAGGAUUCGGGCGCAUCGACGCCAUCUUCUUCUCACAUGAAUAACAACAAAGGGAGUUUUAUGACCCUAGGCGGCAAGAAGCGGCUACAGAAGGCUCUGAUUAAAAUGAAUCUGCUUCCGAAGAACAUAGUCUUCCAGGACGAUAACAUCAACAACAACAGCAACAGUAACAAUAAUAGCAAUUACGAUAGCAGCGAUCGAUCUUCCGGAAUCAGUGUGAAUUUCUCCUCGCAAGCCUCAUCUAUAUCGACUUCGUCAAUAACGACCGCUGAUUCGGACGAGACACCACCAACAUCCACGUAUCAAAGCAAUCCCGAUCUAAGGGAACAUCCACAAACUCCCGCCAAGGCUCUAUCAAUAGAAGCAAUCAUUCCAAAAAGUGGCACCCUCUACUACGAGGAACUACGUGCCAGCGAUUACCCUGAACACAUUCUCAAAGUAUAUAAGUCGGAUCAGACAUGCAAGUACCUGCUAAUUCACAAGGAGACUACCGCGCAUGAAGUGGUAAUGUUGGCCUUGCAAGAGUUUGGAAUCCACGAUCCUAGCUCGAAUUUUUCACUUUGUGAAGUGAGCGUUGGCGAAGGUGGUAUGAUUAAGCAGAGGCGGCUGCCGGAUCAGCUGCAAAACCUGGCCGAACGAAUUGGAUUAAGCUCGCGAUAUUAUCUCAAAACUAAUGGAAUAACAGAAACAUUAGUUCCCGAUGACGUUGCACCGGAAUUGAUUCGGGAAAGUGUUGUUCACUUUCUACAAUUGAAUGCGAAUGAAUUGGCCAUUCAGCUGACGUUGCAAGAUUUCGCUAUCUUUCGGCAAAUUGAGUCUACUGAAUACAUUGAUGAUUUAUUUACAUUGAAGAGUCGUUACGGCAGGCCAAUGCUGAUGAAAUUUUCCGAACUAGUCAAUAGGGAAAUGUUUUGGGUAGUCACGGAAGUGUGCAGUGAGCAUAAUAUGAUGCGCCGAUGUAAAAUUAUCAAACAAUUCAUAAAAAUCGCUCGACACUGCAAGGAGUGUAAAAAUUUCAAUAGCUUAUUUGCGAUCAUCAGCGGUUUGGGUCAUGCAGCGGUGUCGCGAUUGCGACAAACCUGGGAAAAGCUGCCAUCCAAAUAUCAAAAACUCUUCAAUGACCUCCAGGAACUGAUGGAUCCCUCACGAAACAUGUCGAAGUACCGACAGUUAAUACAGACUGAACUCAAUGCUCAGCAUCCCGUCAUUCCGUUUUACCCGGUUGUGAAAAAAGAUCUCACAUUCAUUCACUUGGGUAAUGAUUCCAAAAUCAAUAAUCUCAUUAAUUUUGAAAAAUUGCGGAUGAUUUCUAAGGAAGUACGUACAUUGCUCCAAAUGUGCAACUCUCCCUAUGAUAUCCUUACAAUGCUGGAGUUGAAAUGCCAACCGCCCAGUUCAGCUAUGGUCGCGUUAAAUCAAAUGUCGGUACCUUCCAGCGGAAAUUUAAUGAUGCCUCCACCUCCUGCUGUUCAUAGUCAAACGGUUAAACGAAGGAAAAAAUCCACAGCAGCUCCCAAUCCCAAGAAAAUGUUUGAAGAAGCUCAGAUGGUUCGAAGAGUGAAGGCAUAUCUAAAUAACAUGAAAGUGACAACCGACGAAGACGAGCUUCAUAAACUUUCACUUGAAUGUGAACAGCAAGGAGGAACCACUCCGAAUAACGUGCAGGUGAGAAAGAGAUAUCCAUCUCCUACGUUAUCCACAACUUCUAGUACUAGUUCGACUAGCGAGGGCAAGAAAGGCGCCCUUGGUCUUGGGAUGAGUAGUCUUUCGAUAGGCAGCUCUGGCAGCGGCAACAGUGGAGCACCAAAAUUUGGUGCCGCAUCCCCACAGGCAGUAAAAAAGUUACUUUCGCUUUCGGAACAAACCAAAACUCGACCACAUCAACCACGACAUCCAUCGGUAGGCGCGGCACUGCCGUCCUCGCUGAACAAUAUUCACCACCAUAAUCAACUUGCUCUGCAUAAUAAUUUGUCCCAUUAUCAUCACGCUCAUCAUACACCGUAUCAUCAUCACGCCGGAAUCUCGAUAAGUCCUUCGCACGUGUCCAGCGGCAGCCAGUGUUGUGUUGGUACUGGCACUGGCGGAGGACCUGGCUCAAGCAUUGGAAUGUCCCAUCCGUAUCCCAGUACUCAUCCAAGCUAUGCGGUUUCCAGUGGAUUACAUCUAUCCAACAUGCAUCCCAAUCCACCAAAUUAUAACACCACCAUGUCGAUGUAUCCCAACGGACGGCCGGCGGUUAUGUCCAGCCGACUGCUGGAGAGUUCCGUGGAUUCCACUAGUCAACUUCCGCCGCCGAUGGAACUACCACCGGAAAGUAGCUCAUUUCGUAGUCCGCCGAACUAUGCACAAGCAGCUCAUCGACGUAUCACUGGCAACAGCACAGUUUUAUCGUCCUUUCCCACACCUCACCAAAAUUUUGGGUCAUCAUCUCGCAUAAUCGCUGCCGUGGGCAUAUCUCCUAUCACACCAAACUACGCUCCACCGGUAGCGAACUCAUUAUCACCAAUGUACACCGCCAAUCCCGGUCCUGGCGGUGGUGCAACCAUCACCGGAGCCAACAGUAACCUUCCACCGGCCAUUCCCGCUCGAAUGCAUGAAUCGAGCGCAGUAUCUCAUGCGAUUGAAUCAGUUCAGUCUCCACCGGCACUGCCACCGAGCUUAGACUUAUCAGUUGAAAGCAGCUCGGUGACGGUGAUCAGCAAUGCCGCCCCUGAGCUGGAAACCUCCGUGGAUGAUGACUGCGAUUCAGUGGAGUGCGAUGUCACUGAAACAUUGUCCACCGACGUAUAAAUGCCAAAUAUCUUCGCGUAAGAAGCAAGUGAUAAUGCCAAAACUACUUGUUAACAUUAAUCCGUUGAUGUAUUGACAGUUCGAGUUAAUUGUUGUCAGUUCCAAUAUGGGUGUUAUCAUGUGUUAACAUAUUAAGAUUCACGCACCACAUCUCUCACAAUGCACUUAUUUUCGAAUCCAAUACAAAUCUAUAAACAAGCAAUGAAAUUUCUAACAUUUGAAUCUGUUUCCAAAGACUGGCGAUUAAGAAGUGCCCUUUCAUACGAAUGCAUGCCAAGACUGAUGACUAAACUAGAUGGCAGUCGUCUAGGUACAAUGAUAUCAAACAUGAGAUUUGAAAUUUCUUUCAUCACUUUGCUUUCUUGAAUAGAGUUUUGUUAGGAUUUUGGGACAAUAUUUUGUAUUCUCACGAAUUUUCUCUUCAGUAACAUUGCUUACAUUAUUUUAAAUAUUUGUAAAUAAUUUUUAAUUUGUUUUUAUUUCUCUCCAAAAUUUUUACUGGACUCAUCAACUUGGAAUCAUGAUUAAUUUAUUUAUUUAUCUUUUACCCUGACUGAUUUGAUUUUCACAUUUUAGAAUCCGAGUUUCCAUUUUAAUUUAUUUUAAAACCCAUCGCUCGAUUUUGUUUGCCUUGGUUGCUGUUAUUGACCGAACCAACUAUCAAUACAAAUAAUGAUAAUUCGUGACUUUAAGCGUGAAAGCAAAAAUCGAAUUGACAUACACAAUUGGAUAAGUAAAGAUUUUUUUUCCUACGUAACUGUAUCAACAUUCUUUCGAACAGUAGAUUAUAUGAUUCAGGAUUUUUAUGAUUUGUAUCGUAUCAGGUAUAGCUGUCAACUUAAAAUAACAGAAUUUUAGAGUUUUCCUAAACCAAUCAAUCGAUCACCUUAUACUACAUCUUACCGAGCAUGUUUCAAAUCUACUCUUCUCAAUGGGUUAUUAUUGUUGCCACAACACUGCAAAGUACUGUUUUUUCAAAAUUCUACUUAGCUAGAAAAUUCAAAUAAACAUUCUCACGUGCACUGAAACGGAAUAUUUCAAACUUUCACCCAAUUCGGAGCAGAAUAGCGAAAGAAUAAUUUAUUAUCAUAUUACAGUUGUCUAUGUGAGUGUAAAAAAAAGAGCAUGCCCAUCAUGCAAAAUUAGAUAUUUGAUGGACUCAUAACAUAAAACUUCGUUUGCGUUAUGAAGUAAAUUUGAAAAAUUAUUUUAAUUUAAACUCAAUGCCAUGCUAAUAUACAUACUGAAACAUUCUCAAGGUUCUACAUUUACACUGGGGUCUUUGUUUACGCGGUUUUUUAUGCGGUUUCUUUUUACACGGAUUUCCGAAGUUACGCGUUUUUUUACGCGGAUUUUCGAAGUAACGCGGUUUUUACGCGAAUUUCCGAAGUUACGCGGUUUUUUACGCGUAUUUUGCGCGGUUUUCUUGUUUUGUCUUAGAAAUGCAUGAAACUUCGAAAUCUGGUGUUAUCCCAAAUUUUUUUUAAGUCAACUCAUUUCGAUGCUUUUCAAAAAAAAAUGUUCAGAUUACACCUGGACGUUUCAUGCAUUUCUAAGAUAUUUGGCAUAAAAAAAAGUUCUUUCAUUUUGUUUUUUUUUCUACGCGAAUUUCCGAUGUUACGCUGUUUCAAAUUCUCUCAAUCCCAAAGUCAAUUCUUACAAAACUUUUUUGGAGAUUAUUGAUUUUUUCUUCAGUUUUGAGGUUUUUUUUACGCGGAUUUCCGAACUUACGUGUUUUUCUACGCGGAUUUCCGAGACUUCAGUGUACAUCAGUUAUUUAUUGUGUUAAUGGAAAGUUUGUCAUCAUAAUAGUGAAUCUAAGAUACAUUUUAAGUUUGAUUUUUGACAAAUUUGAUAAGGUUGAAACGAAGAAACAUUCAGUUGCAUGAAUUGCCGUAGUAUGCAAGUGCUCAAGAGCGUCUACUAGGAUGGCAAAUUACUAUCUCAAAAUGACUUUCUUGAAGGUCAUUGUUGUUAUCUGUGGUUUUAGUGAACCAGAUCCUGUCAGCUUAGAAAGAAAUCAAUCUUCAGUUCAGCUACGCCCUCGCACGGCAUCACAUUAAACAUAAAAUGUUAAUUGUAUGGGCUCGCAGUAGAGAUGGUCGGGUAAGCAUUUUUUCAAACCGGAACCCGACCCGCACCCGUUCGUAAAAUAAAAAACUUUUACCCGUACCUGACUCGAACCCAAGAUAAAUUUUUUCUUCCAAACCCGAACCUGUCCCAUAUCCGAGAAAAAAAAUAAAAAUUUUCACCCGUUACCGACCCGAACCCGAAAAAAGUCCCGAAACCCGAAAAAAAUGAAAUCCGACUAAAUCUUUUAACCCGAACCCGACCUGUACCCGUUGAAAAUCGGCACCCGAACCCGAGAAACAUAUUUUUUUCUGUACCCGAAGCCGGGUACCCGGGUUUCGUGUAAAAAUACCCGAAAACUGACCAUCUCUAGUGCGCUCUCUCUUUCCCCUCUUCUUAUGUACGAGAUUCGAUGCGGACUGACCUGAGAGCGCCAUGUUCGCAUAAAAGUAUUUCGCUUACGAUUUGUUCGUGAAAUGUGAAAGCUGGAUAUCUUUACAAUAUGAUGUCUUUGAGUGAACCCAAUAUUGCUCUCAGACAGGAAGCAGUAUUCAUGAAACCUGAGCAAAAACCACGCUAUAACGAUCUAUCAUACACACCUCAUCAAUUUUCACGUUUACUUCCUAAUUAAAUGAAAGCGAAAAUAAACAAAGAGAACCUGUCAUUGGCUUUUAGGCCCAUUCAACAGGUUGACGUCGAAUUGAUUUAACAUGUGUUUUAUGUAUGCUGUCAAAAUUUGAUAUCGGCAAAUAAAAUUGUAUGCAACGUUGCCAGGUGUACCGAUUUCUUGGUAUUUAUACCGUUUUUUACCUCUAUACCGCAAUACACAUAUCAGCUGUUUUUCAAAGAACGACGAAUCUUACAAAAGUGAACAAAUCGAGUUUCUCUCUCCUACCAAUAAAUGCUUCAAAAUCCUACAAUUUUGUCUAAAAACUUGUAUUCUACAAAAAUCUCAAUCUUCGUAAUACAAAGAACUAUAAAGGGCGAAACUGUCAUUCCAUUUGUUUACGCAAGUUUCGCCCUCCGUGUUCCAUGCCAACAAAUAGGGCGAUAUUUCAAUUGCUUGAAAGGAAGGGCAAAACUGUUUGUUUUUGUUAUUUUAAGUGGUUUCCGAACUGUUUACUACUGGAAAUAGUACAUGAAACGAGAAAUUUGCCCGCAGAUUCAUCGUAGUCGUUGAAACCGGCCAAUUUCACGAAAUACGCGCAAGGGCGUAUCUUUAUAAUUCACACAGGAAGCAUAAAAGUAAACAAAUCGAAAAAAGGCGAAACUCUUUUUAUGUUGAUUUAUUCGGUAGAUAUAGAAGAAAAGUAAAAUCGGCAUGUCUUUUGAAAAUUAACUAACAAUUCAUCGGCUAAUCAUAAAUCGAUCUGAGAAUAUACGAUAAUUUAUAAAUACGAUUUGAAACCAAAGCCGAAAAAUUCGUCGUUGUUUUUCUCCAUUUGCUGUCAAUGUUAGAUUCGCCGUUCUAUGAAAAACAGCUGAUAUGUUCUCUUAAAAUACCGAUUAUUCAUUAUUGAUACAGAUAACUAUCGAUUUUCGGUUUGGGCUUGGAUAAGAUAAGCAUGAGAAAAAGUUGUCGUAAGACAUUUUUAUUUUUGCUCACUAUACUGAGCUCCGGUGACAUUUUCCUAGUACUUAUGUAGCAGAUAUUCUGAUACAGAUUGGUGCAGAUAGAUUUUUUCGCCGGAUACAGAUUUUUUAAAAAUGAUCUGACAACGCUGAUUGUACAUUCCAUCAUCAUUCGAUAUUCAUUCAGUUUAUAUCCUUAGGUUAUCUUAUGUUCGUGUAAAACAAACCGGGGAACAACUUGAAUAUUCUCUGAGUUCCGGGUAACCUCAUAGGAAUUAAAGGUGUAGCAUGUGAAACUCUUGUUUAUUCUACAAAUGGAUCAUUAAUUAAAAAUGCAAUUUGUAAUUCUAUUAAGAAUCGUGCAUUCGUUUCGUGUUUUCAUGGAAACAAAGGAACAUAAAUUUAAUCAUUGGCGAAUCAUGUAAGAUGACAUUCACAGCUCGUGUAAAAAAGUUCAUAGCUUUUGUAAAAAGUGCGGUAUUGGAUACUUUGUUUUACAUUCAUUUUCACUAUAAAUGAAUUUUCUAUCUUAAACUUUUUCUUGUCCAUUACUGUUUUUUUGGACAACUUGUUGUAUGUUCGAGCCCCGACCUGGAUUAUUCUGCACGCUAUGAAUAGGCUGCGAAGUCUGUUGAACCAGAAGGUUCAAUUCCACAGGAAGGAAUGUAAUACCAAAACUUUGCUUUGGAUUCACGGAUGAACUUAGUCACUUUUUACUUUAAAUUAGGUCGGUGGACGGAACUCCGAAAUUGGAUGAAAAAUGUACUCAACCUUGGGUAAUGUUCCGGUUUCGUGUACUUCUUUCUUCUACAUAUUGGAUGCAACUGUCUGUUCCUUCCGAAACUGAAGUAUUGAAGAUAAAAUUUCUAAAACUACUAUAAAUGACUGCAUCCUCAAACUUACUCUCAUAUCAUGUAUAGAAACGCAUGUUACCCUAAAAUCCUAAAACAUAAAUUAAUGAAGAUUUUUAUACACAAAAACAUGCUGUCAUCGAAAUGCCAACAAUGCCAUCUUUAAUAGUUACAGUAGAAUAAAACGACAGAAGCUGAAACUCGAAUUUUUUUGAUUAAGCGGGACGUCAUGAAUGAACUUUCUCGUCCAAUUUUGGAUAAAUGUCAUGAUAUAUGGUUACGAAAGAUAUUUGUUUAGAUCAUUCAAUAACAUUCAACGGUUGAGGCAUCUGCCAAUGAAAAAUGGAACUAAGAAAAGUAUUUAUUUAAGGGUUUGGUACCACGUGGGUACCAGAUUUGUGCUAAGUACACAUAACUAUUUUCAUAUAUUACUUUUCGCUUUCAGCUCAUCAGUGCGUCAGCAGUUUAUGUUGAACUGCUAACGCCAUCUAACGGUUCAACAUAAACCGCUGAGCAGACGUAAAGUUAAUGCUAUUUACAUAUACACUUAUCACACCGAAGUGCUAUGUCUUUACUGACGUGCCGAAAGAAACGAAACUAAGUGACGACGUUCUGGCCGUCAACAGAUAGUAGUUAUUUAAGGGUUUGGUACUACGUAGGUACCGAAUUUGUGCUAAGCACACAUAACUAUUUUCAUUAUUUACGUUUCGCUUUCAGCUCAGCGGCUUAUGUUGAACCGUUAGGUAAAACUGCUGACGCACUGAUAAGCUGAAAGCGCAAGCGAAACGUAAAAAAUGAAACCAGUGUAAUGUUGAAAUCGAGUACCAUUUAUUUGAGAUACUUUACUUGUUAUGUCCGGGCAUUCGAAAAACGGAAUUGAACCAAGUAUAAUGCUUCAUUCUAAAUCAACUUUAGUUUUCCAAUAAUGAAUUAAGGUUGACAGGAGCAAAAACGUUUUUCUUUCACUUCUGCGAUUAUUAUUCAAAUGAAUUUAUCUGUUUUUAUCCGAAAUAAAAACAUGAAAGGAUUGGAAAUUCUCGUACCGAUUUAACAGCUUUUGUUGAAAGUAUCAUUUCCAAACUAGCAGCGCUUCUGCAUUUCAUUUCAAUGUCAAUGUGCAAAUUGUAGUUAGAAAAUGGUUGGAAAUUCAUCUCUGCUAAUAAAAGUCAUUUUCAUUGACUCAAAAUAGACGAAAAUGACAAGAAACUAAUGUCACUCUCAGUUUCGCUUGCAAACUGUGAGAACGAAAUUCACGUCCAGUCAGUGACAUAAGCGGAACAGUAGUUUCAAAAUUGUGUUCUUUCUUUCAUUUGCCCUUUCAGUCAUUUGCUGUUUUCAGUGAAAAUUCCAUUGUAUGCAGUGUCGGUAUUCAACCGAAGCUUUGAGAAUCGAAAAUGACAGAAAAAGUUUUCUCAAUAACUUUUACCUGUUUAUGUACGAAUUUGUAGUAGUAUUAGUUUCCAAAGAGGUUCUGGGAUGUAAUUACUUCGAUUUGUUAUAUUUUAGGCAUUCUAUAUAGCCAAGCGUCACAGAUUUUCAAUACAUCGACACUUUUUGUCCCUCCAAAAGAUUUAUUGAAGUGGCCAUGGUCUCCCAAUAUUUUGGCGACUGGAAUAGAUAUUUGAAAAUUUUCUAGAAAUAUCUUAUGAUAUAACACUUUUUUUCUGUUAUCCCCGUAGUUCGUCUUCGUGUUCGUUCAUAUUUCUUAACUAAGUUACUUGGUUGCUUUUUAUUUACUCUAACCUCUCAGUUCCUUUUAUGAAAAGGUGUUAUAUAUUGCAAAGUUUAAUGAUCUGUAGUAAUAAUUUUUUGUGCCCCCUCAAUAUUUCAUGGAACUUGCGCCCCUGCCAGUAAUUAUUAGAAAACGACGCUUCUUUAUUUGUAGUCACACAAUAUUUUUUCGACAGCAAACAGUUUGUGUUUCCAUACACUCGUUACGUAAUUCAGCGCGAUUUUGAAAAGUUUUACUCAAAACCAACUGAAAGACAGCAUUAUUCGUGUGUUCCAAUUGUUUUUUUUUUUCAAUUAGUUUGAAUCCAAUACAUUUAUGCAAUCAAUGUAACUGUUUUGUGACAUACAAAUAGUAACAGUAUGUUAAAUAGGAACGUGUCCAACAUUCUGAGGUAAAGCGCUUUAAAUUUAACAGUGAGUUCAAUCACAAUCACCAGCAUAAAUUAUUGCUUGGCAUCUGCGAGGCAUUCUUUCCAUUAAAUUUUCAACUGAGUUUCUGCUUGAUGUAGGUCAGAAGUUUUUGAUAGGAUUUGCCUCAGGCGAUUGCGAAGGCCAAUCAAGUGUCACAAUGCAUUUUUCCCGUUCCCAUUCAAUACAGAGCCGGAUCGGGUGUUUCGGAUCAUUAUCUUCCUGCAAGAUCCACAGAUGUUCCCGAAUUGCAGUGUGUGAUAACCCGAGAACUUUUUGUUUCAAUUUCGCUUGUCAGGAUUAUGCGAAAAUAGAGCCACGAUUCGUUCAUGUUUGGUCUUUAGGGCCUGUGCAAAAGAACACCACCUCAAAGCGCUUUGCAUAAAUGGCACUCAUCACGAUUUAAGUGUUUUCCCGACGGAAGAUUGACUUUGACUGAUUUUUUCUCAAACGCCAAAGACUCUAUCCUUAAAAAAAACUCAGUCGAUAUCACCUACCGAUCGUUGGCUAUGAUGGACACGCUCUUACUUAACUCUAAAUAAAUCGUCGCAGGAAUACACAGAUCUAAAAAGCACAGAGAUAUAUUCGUGAUAGCAUCCUAGAGCGUAAUAAUGCCUAUAGUGGACCCUCGAAACAUAAGUAAAACUCUCACGAUGUUUUGUGUGCAUCAGAUAAAAAAUGUACAAUGCUGAAAAACUUGCUAAAUAUCGAGUUUUUUCAUCGUCACAGCUAAUCUUAUUUUCUUGACAAUUCAGUGGUACUGUAACAACUUGGUUCAACAUAAGAUAAAAUCUAUGAAAACAAUACUACUCAACUGUCAAGGAUAAACUCGAGCUUAUUUUGAAAUUCACGAGAAAACUCCUAAUAAUAAUGUCUAAGUACAAGAAUGCAUCUGAAAUAACUAGUUCUAUUAUGUGUUGCCAACAAUUUUAUUUCAAACUGUCCAAUUAAUCUAUGAACAGCAUUCCGGUGACAUACCAAACAUCCACAAAGCAGACUCACGCCUGAAUUUAACAAUAUAUUCUACUAGGAUCUCCGAACAAGUUAGUGUAACUCAAAUUAAUAUCAAAUACAAUGCACUAAUGGCAACUAUAACUGAAAUAUUUGUGUCUGACACAUCUCAAUGGACCAUAUAGUAGAUGAAGCUAUGUAAUCAAAAUAGUUAAACGAUCCUAAUCAAAGUGUACCAAAUAAAAUGUAACGCAGGAAUUCUCAACAGAAAAAAAACAAAA